AUGGAUGAUCGAUUCGCUCGAAUACUUUGGCAACGUUUAAGGUUGAGUAAUGGAAUAACAAAAUUAGUUUCCAAUAAAAAGCCGUUGGGUUUCAACGUGCAAGGAGAUUGGGAGUUGAGUGGUGUGAAUAAGGCUACGCGAUUCAACAAGUACCGUCAAGAUGAACAUUUUGCACCGCAUAAAGAUGCACAAUAUGCCCCUAAUGGAGAUGAACGAUCAUUGUUCAGUUUAGUGAUAUAUUUGAAUGAUAAUUAUAAACAAGGUGAAACGAAAUUUUAUUUUCCAAAAGUGGCACCAAAAUUCGAUACAAAAGGGCUAACGAUUGCAGAAGAAAUUGAAGCUUAUGGCGGAUUGGAAGGAGGUUACGAAUGUGUAACAGUCAAACCAAAGAAAGGGUACGCUGUUCUAUUUACCCAUAAUCUCUUACAUGCGGCCAUAGCGCCACAGAUUGUGACUAAUUCCGAUUUGAUGGAGCGUAUCAUCUUGCGAACUGACAUACUCGUACAACGAAAGGGGAAACCGCUAGGAUUUGCCGUUUGUCCAGAAGAACAAGAUGAUUACCUUGUUUGCUUGAAUUUUUUUCGUGAAGCUCAACAAAACGAAUUGAAAAUGUAUGCAAAUCCCAGACAGUCCAUCAAAACCAGUGAAAUCGGUGAAUUAUACGAACGUUCAUUAUAG